UGGAGACUCCAGCUCUGCUGGUGAGGGACAGAGGGCCCUCGAUUCCAAAGGUGUUCCCACGGAGAUGGCAAGUUCCUCUGGUUCCUGGCUCUGCAGCUGCCUCGUGGCACUUAUGUUCCUCUGGCUGCCCCUGCCGUUGUCAGGCUACGCAGGGGACGCCGACGACUACCACCUGGCCCCACUAGGGGGCACAGCCGAACUGCCCUGCCCCAUCCCCCUGUGGCCGGUCACCGUACCCACCGCGGUGACGUGGCUACGGUCCCCAAGGCCGGACCGCUCCCAGGUCGUGCACGUGUUCCGCGACGGGAGAGACCGGGAGGAAGGCGUGAUGCCGGAAUACAAGGGGCGGACGGCGCUGCGGAGGGACCCGGGAGAGGGGAGCGUGUCCUUGGAGAUCCGCCACGUCCGGCUGGAGGACCGAGGGCUGUACCAAUGCGAGGUCCAGAUCGGAAACCUGACUCGGGACGGCACCGUGACCCUGCAGGUGGCAGCCCCUUCUCCAGGGAGGAUCUCCUCCUCAACAGUGGCUCUUGCUGUCAUCCUGCCUGUCCUGGGGAUUCUCAUCAUUGUGGGCAUUUACCUCAUCUGGAAGCAAAGAAGAUCAAAAGAGAAGCUUCUCUAUGAACAGGUGAUGGAGGUAGAAAAUCUUCUCUCAAACCACGCAAAAGAAAAAGGAAGGCUCCAUAAAGCCCUCAAGAAACUCCGGAGUGAACUGAAGUUGAAAAGAGCUGCGGCGAACUCAGGCUGGAGGCGGGCGAGGCUGCACUUUGUGGCAGUGACCCUGGACCCGGACACAGCACAUCCCAAACUCAUCCUGUCUGAGGACCGGCGAUGUGUGAAGCUUGGAGACAGAAGGCAGCCUGUGCCCGACAGCCCCCAGCGAUUUGACUUUGUUGUCAGUGUCCUGGGCGCUGAGUACUUCACAGAAGGCUGUCACUACUGGGAGGUGGACGUGGGAGACAAAACUAAAUGGGCCCUGGGGGUGUGUAGUGAGUCUGUGAGCAGGAAGGGGAAGAUCACUGCCACGCCUGCCAACGGACACUGGCUUGUCCGCCAGAGUAGUGAGAAGGAGUACGAAGCUCUCACAUCCCCGCAGACCACGCUGCGCCUCAAGGAGCCCCCGAGGUGCGUGGGAAUUUUCCUGGACUAUGAGGCAGGCAUCAUUUCCUUCUACAAUGUGACCAGCAGAUCCCACAUCUUUACUUUCACCCACACCUUCUCUGGCCCCCUUCGCCCUUUCUUUGAGCCCUGCCUUCAUGACGGUGGGAAAAACACAGCACCUCUAAUCAUCUGCUCAGAACUCCAGAAAUCAGAGCCACCAACUGGCCGCAAGCCAGAAGAAAAAGGUCAUGCGAAUGGAGACGUGACCAUGAACGUGGACCCUUCCUUAUUCCCCCCUCAGGCACCGGAGAUUUUCCCACCCAGGGAUAUGAUCCUGCCCUGGCCCUCUGACCUUGCCCCAGCCCUUCAAGGUCUCAAGGUUCCUUCUUUUUAGGGCUGUACCUCAUUACCUGCUCCCCUGAUGGUCCAGCGCCCUGCCCUGGAUUUCAGUCUGCUGGCCCAACAACUGAUUCUGAAACAUCCCAUCUCCUUUCCCCAGAUCUAGACCUUGUGAUUUCGAAUCACACCACCUUCCACCCAGCGCUCAGUUCUAAACUCUGUCAUCCUUCCGGGACUUAAAGCUCCCAUUGCUCUGGAAGAAUUCUUGAAAACCAACCAUCAGAUUAGGUUUAGUGGAUGAUGGAAUGGUGAAAUGUGUGUCCCCAAGAUACAGGGGUCCUCUACUCGAGGAGCUAGUUAAAGGAACUUCACCCUGCCUCAUCCUGCACUUGACCUUUUAGUCAUGAGGUUAUGGUGCCCGGUGCCUGACUUCUCUCUUAUUCCCUCCAGAAUGGCUUUUUUCCUUCUCUCAGUGCAGGCCUCUAGCUCCUUUGGGUCACACGCUCUUCCUUCUUCUGGAAUAUGGGAUGGGGAAGUUGGAAGAGUAAAACAUGCCCUCCCUUUAUGUUUCCUUGAUGUUUGUUUACAGUAUAGUUUCCUGCCAUCCAGAGCUAAUGUACACGUUUUCAAAGCUAACUUACCUAUUGAUGCUAACCAGGUACAGGGAUUUUAAGUGUGGUAGCCAUAAUCCUGAAAAGCCUCAAGAGCACCGACAGGGAGCUGGGAUGCAGAGCUUCAAACACAGCAGCCCAGCUGUGCGUGGCCUUGGAAAGACAGGCAUGGAUGUAGUCUGUCAGCUACCCUGGUCCUUUCGAAUCUCCUCCCGGGAUUUAGAGAGGUCCAGCUAGAAAAGUGGCAGUUCUGACCACCAGUGUAGAGGCUAUUUUUCCCCAUAAGCCCAUUAUCUUAGAAGACUUGACUACUUGUGUAGCAAACAGCCUCUUAGGUGAGAGUACUGAUUUCAAAUAGGAAGUUGGUAGCUCCUGUGCGAGGUUAAAACAUUGAACCUCCUUUUUU